AUUUAUUGCGAACCUUGCUUAACGUAUCUACUGGCACUGGUGCUUGUCCUGGUGAGUUUUGCGUGUGUGCUCUCUUGUAUGCGGAGCAGGAUGUCGGGUACCCGGUAGGUAGCUCACAGUCCAUCGCACAUCCCCGUACAUGUCUGUGUUGGUAUUAUCCUCAGGUAUCUUUUCUUCUUCUUGUAGGACAUCACUUCGCCAUCUGCGACCAGCAAGGACGAAGGGAGACCAAGUCCCUCGCUUGAAUUUGUUACUUCUCUUCAUUUCUCACAUCGUUCUUUCUCCCCCAAACUUCAACUUCUCCAUGCUAGGUACAGGUCUUCUCAGCUAUAUGGACAACACUGCAGGCCUCGUUGUCAUCCCAGAGUCCCCCACUCCCACCCUUCGUCUUUCGACCGAACCUUGCGGUAAAGCCUGAUAUACUUACUGCUCUUCGACUGCCUCAUAUACUUCCGCCGGGCUCCUAUACGUACGUCCACAUCGUCUGUUGUCAACUUA